GCGCUGCGCAGCGCUCUGGCCAAGACCUUCCAGGGCGAGCAGCGGUUCCAGCUCGGCAUCAUGGAUGAUGCCGCCGAGUGCUUCGAGAACAUCCUGAUGAGGAUCCACUUCCACAUCGCUGACGAGAGCAGGGAAGACGUCUGCACCGCCGCGCGCUGCAUCCCGCACCAGAAGUUCGCCAUGACGCUGUUCGAACAGUGUGUGUGCAGCAGCUGUGGGGCGUCUUCAGACCCUUUGCCUUUUAUCCAGAUGGUCCACUACAUCUCCACCACCUCCCUAUGUAACCAGGCAGUGAAGAUGCUGGAGUCGCAGGACAAGCCGACCCCCAGCAUGUUCGGGGAGCUCCUGCGGAACGCCAGCAUGGGGGACCUGCGCAGCUGCCCGAGCCGGUGCGGUCAGCAGCUGCGCAUGGCGCGGGUCCUCCUCAACAGCCCGGAGAUCGUCACCAUCGGCCUGGUGUGGGACUCGGAGAACUCGGACCUGGCGGAGGACGUCAUCCACACGCUGGGGACCUGCCUGCGCCUCGGAGACCUGUUUUACAGGGUGACGGAGGAGAAGGCCCAGAGGGCGGAGCUCUACCUGGUGGGCAUGGUCUGCUACUACGGGAAGCACUACUCAACCUUCUUCUUUCAGACCAAGAUCCGCCGGUGGAUGUACUUUGACGACGCCCACGUCAAGGAGAUUGGACCAAAGUGGAAGGACGUGGUGCUGCGCUGCAUCAAAGGCCACUACCAGCCCCUGCUGCUGCUGUACGCCGACCCCCGGGGGGCGCCGGUGUCGGUGCAGGACCUGCCGCCCCACUUUGACCCGCAGCAGGUGGACCGGUCCAGCUAUGACAGCGAGGACUCUGGACGCGAGCCGUCCAUCUCCAGCGACACUCGGACCGACUCCUCCACAGAGAGCUACUUCUGCCAACUUCCCCGCCACAAGUCCCUGACCGGUCACCUGUCAGCCGACUCGCAGGGAACGGUCAUCUGCACGGAGCGGGCCGGCGAGCCCCCCAGCUCCUCCCGCUGCAGCCUGGAUACUUUAGGCCACGUGUCCGACAGCGGCGACCAUCAGUCUCUGAGGAGAGGAGGCGAGUCCGGUAGGCGGAGCUCCGCUCUUCCCAUGAGGUCAAAGCUUGACAAGGAGGCUGGUUACCAUAGCGAGGGUAGGCGGGGCUUCAGAGGGUCUCGGGGAUGUUUUCCUUCAAACAUUAGACUUUUAACUUCAUCCUCCUCCUCAUCCAGCCGCCUGCAGGACCUGAAGGGAACCAUGAGGAGCAUCAUCCACAGCCGCCAGCCCCCCUCCUACCCCGUACCAGGGGGCGUGGUACCUCCUGAAGCCGCCUCCUCCAGCCUCCCCCUUCCACUAAAGGCUCCUCUGAGCGCCCCCCCCUCAGGUAAACUGCGGAAUUGGGAGGCCGACAGCACGAGCAGCGAGUCCAAGAGCAGCUCCUGUGGUGGAGGGGCGUGGCCUCGGCCAGCGUGGAGGCCGCGGCGGGAGGUGCUCAACAUCGACAACAUCUUCACCCGCGAGAGGCGCCGCCAGGCGGGGUACAGCCCCCUCGACGGCGGGGAGCCCGCCUCCGAGUGUUCCACUGCCCAGCAGGAGGCGCCGUGCGUCAGUUUGACCUCCACCCGGACGCUGCCCGCCACCCUCAGGGCGCCGUCUGGAGGGGAGGGGGGCUCAGAGCCGCCUCCUCGCCUCAUACAGAGGAUGGAGAGCGGGUACGAGAGCAGCGAGAGGAACAGCAGCAGCCCCGUCAGCCUGGACCUGAACGUGGCCGACAGAGAGUUUCCCACAAGGAAGACUUCAUCCUCCUCUUCCUCCGGUCCUUCGUGGAAGAACAUCCGGUCCAAGAGCAGCGGAUCUUUGCAGCAGGAACUUGCGCCCCCUGCAGGCCGCAGCGAGCUGGACGAGCUGCAGGAGGAGGUGCUGCGGAGAGCCUUGGAGGAGGAGCAGCAGCGGCGGCAGGAGAAGGAGAGGGAGGCGGCGCUCGGCUUCAACCCCAGACCCAGCAAAUUUCUGGACCUGGACCAGCUUCAGAUCCAGGGGAAGAGCGACAGCUUAGAGCGCUGCAUUUCGGAGGCGGAGCUUCUGUUGGACCAAUCCCUACGGCUGGAACAGGCGAGCGAAGUCGCCGCAGCUCUCUCAGCCGUCAACGAAGCUGUCUCUAAGCUGCAGUCUGCAGCGGCUGAGGGCGGAGCUAGUAGUCACAGCCGCCUGCAGCGCUGCAUGAAGCGAGCCCGCGGCCUGCAGCAGCGCCUGCAGCUGCAGAUGGAGGCUAAAGCAGGAGAGCAGCCGUCAGAGCAGCGAGAGGAGGAGCAGCAGCUCCAGGAGCAGCCCAGUGAAAAGCCUGUCCCGCUCAGAGUUCUUCUAACUGACCAAUCACCUGCCACUCAGCCUCAGCAGGCCCCACCCCCUUCCACCUGCAUUGUUAAGCCCCUCCCUUCCCUAUCAAGCAUGGCGUCUGACCCCGCCCCCAGCGCUUCAGCAGCUGAAACGUCGCCGGCGGAGGCCAGGAAGCACAAACCCCACUGCCUCCGACUGGGGAAGCCCCUCCACAUGUCCAGGUCCCUCCCCAGUCUGUGUAUGGACCCCUCCCCUGAGGACGUGGCUCCUCCUCCUUCAUCUGAGGAGGCGGAACAUUCUCCCCCAUUGACCAAACCACUUCCUGUUUCCUCUCCUGUUAAAGCCACGCCCCCGGACGACUCUCCUCGUUCUCGGUCUCCAUCGCCCGUUAGUGCCAACUGCAGGGGUCAUCUGCUCUAUGAGGAGGGGCCACAUCCCAGGACACGCCCACAGAAUUCAGCUCCACCCUCAAGCCCCACUUCAAGAUUAGCCCCGCCCACUCACCCAGUCAGAAACUGGUCUUGUCUGAACCUGGACCAGGAUGAAGUUGUGGAUUUUCCAAACCAUUCUUUUGGCUCAGAUGCUUUCUCUGGCUCCGCCUCCUCACCCCCCAGCAAUUACUACAGAGCCGCCCUGCCCGUGGAGCGAUGGGCAGAGAACGUCAACAGAUACUACGGUUCCCAGAAUGCAGCGGGAAGAGGCGGAGAAGCAGCAGAGUGUGGCGAGGAGCUGUCCGAGUUGGAGAUGCUGUACCAGGCCAGUCUGCAGGCUCCCAGCAUGCACCGGGACUGCCGGCGCGUCAGCCCGCAGCCAGGGGGCAGCAGACCCGGUGGGAGGAGCAUGCCCAACUCUGGGCGGUCCAAAACCCCGACGGCAGAGAUCGAGAGAUUCGCUUACAGGAGCCAGGUGUCACCUGUGCAGAAGCCCCCUGCUGGUGAAGACGGGAGCUACAGCGCAGAGAAUCUGCGGCGCCUCGCCCGCAGUCUGAGCGGAACCACCACCCGGCCCGGGACGCAGAACCCCCCACGCUGCUAUACCCCCUCCCUUCCCAGACCCCCCCUUACACACUCAGACUCCUCCUCCCUCCCCUGUCAGCCCCACCCCU